CAGGCCCAGGAGCUGCUGUCCUUCUGAGAUGGGGCUCUUCGCUCUGGUCCUGGUCUCCUUGUCCACUUCCACAGUUUGGGCAGGGCGCCCAUCUUCACAGCCUGUGGUGGACACCGCACAGGGCAAGGUCCUGGGGAAGCACGUCAGCCUGGAAGGAUUUGCACAGCCCGUGGCCGUUUUCCUGGGGGUCCCUUUUGCCAAGCCCCCCCUGGGAUCCCUGAGGUUUGCUCCGCCGCAGCCUGCAGAUCCAUGGCCCUUCGUCAAGAAUGCCACCUCCUACCCUCCCAUGUGCUCCCAGGACGCAGUGAUGGGGGAGAUGCUCUCAGAAUUCCUUACCAACAGAAAGGAGAACAUGCCUCUCAAGUUUUCCGAAGAUUGUCUUUACCUAAAUAUUUACACUCCCGCUGACUUGACGAAGAAAAGCAGGCUGCCGGUGAUGGUGUGGAUCCACGGAGGUGGUCUGAUAAUAGGUGGAGCAUCAUCCUAUGAUGGGCUGCCCCUCUCUGCCCUUGAAAACGUGGUGGUGGUGACCAUUCAGUACCGCCUGGGCAUCUGGGGAUUCUUCAGCACAGGGGACGAACACAGCCCAGGAAACUGGGGUCUCUUGGAUCAGGUGGCCGCACUGCGCUGGGUCCAGGAGAACAUUGCCAACUUUGGAGGGGACCCAGGCUCCGUGACCAUCUUUGGAGAGUCAGCAGGAGGUAGAAGUGUCUCUGUUCUUGUGUUAUCUCCACUGGCCAAGAACCUCUUCCACCGGGCCAUCUCUGAGAGUGGCGUGGCUAUCUCUUCUGCCCCAGCCAAGAGGGACUUAAAGGCCAUGGCUCAGCAAAUUGCUGUGUUUGCUGGGUGUAAAACCACCACCUCGGCUGUCAUUGUUGACUGCCUGCGCCAGAAGACAGAGGACGAGCUCCUGGAGACAUCGCUGAAGAUGAGCCAUCCCUUCCUGCCCGCUGUGGUUGAUGGAGUGCUGCUGCCAAAGAUGCCUGAGGAGAUUCUGGCUGAAAAGAAGUUCAACACUGUUCCCUACAUCGUCGGAAUCAACAAGCAAGAGUUUGGCUGGAUUAUUCCAAUGAUGAUGGGCUACCCGCUCUCUGAAGGCAAGAUGGACCAGCAGACAGCCACGUCACUCUUGCAGAACUCCUCCACCCUCCUUCACAUCCCUGAGGAACUGACUCCAGUGGCCAUUGAGAAAUAUUUAGGAGGGACAGACGACCCUGUCAAAAAGAAAGACCUGUUCCUGGACUUGAUGGGGGAUGUGAUGUUUGGUGUCCCAUCUGUGACUGUGGCCCGGCUCCACAGAGAUGCCGGAGCCUCCACCUUCAUGUAUGAGUUUCAGUACCGCCCAAGCUUUUCAUCAGCCAUGAGACCCAAGACGGUGAUAGGGGACCAUGGAGAUGAGAUCUUCUCGGUCUUUGGGGCCCCAUUUCUAAAAGGUGAUGUCCCAUUGGUGACUACAAACUUCAGAUUAGGAGAUCUGGGUACAAAUCUCAGUUUGGUGGCCUUGGGAGAGUUACUCCUUCUCUCCAGGUCUUAGUUUCCCAAAUUCUCCAUAACAGAGUUGAACA